GCACGAAGCGUAGUGUUUCAUUUAAUUUAUUCAACGAAUAGUGGCACAAUUGAAAUUUACAUUGCAAAAUGAGGGCUGGCAAUCAUGUCAAUUUAAAUGGUGGAACGGGAGGAUGUUAUACAAAUCCUGAAUACAAUGGUUCCAAUACGAAUUUAAAUCAAGAAAUCAGUGGCGGUUUACAUGGUAGUAAUGAUUUUAUUUUAAUUGAAAAUAAUGAUCGUCGAAAAAGUAGCACGACAAGUGAACGAUUACGUGCAAUGGUACCAUGGGCGACACAAAAAGCGAAAAGUGGUUUAACGAAGAAAAUGUUAUAUAGACGUUUACCGAUUUUAACAUGGUUACCAAAAUAUAAUGGACAAGAUGCUGUGGGUGAUUUAGUAGCGGGUAUUACUGUUGGUUUAACUGUUAUACCACAAUCGUUGGCAUAUUCAAAUAUUGCGGGUUUACCACCACAGUAUGGAUUAUAUGGUUCGUUUCUUGGAUGUAUGAUUUAUAUAAUUUUUGGAAGUUGUAAAGAUAUUCCUAUGGGACCAACGGCUAUUAUUUCUUUGUUAACGUAUCAAUCAAUUCAAGGGUCAGUGGAAAAUGCGGUAUUAUUAUGUUUUCUAAGUGGGAUCGUGAUGGUUCUGAUGGGUGUACUAGGCUUAGGUUUUAUAAUUGAUUUUGUCUCUGGUCCUGUCUCUUCUGGAUUUACAUCUGCUGUAGCUUUAAUUAUAAUUACAUCGCAAGUAAAAGAUAUACUUGGAAUUACAGCCAAAGGUAGUACAUUUGUUCAAAUGUGGAUCUCCAUUUCUCAAGACAUCCAUAACACAUCUAUGUGGGAUAUGCUUGUUGGAUGCACAUGUAUUGUGAUUUUAUUAAUUUUAAGGCUGGUUGCUAAUAUCCAAAUUCAAGAUACUGACGAUGAAGGUUUCCCAAUUGGUGUAAUUAAGACACGAACAAAAAUUAUUAACAAGUCAUUAUGGUUAUUUGGAACAUCACGUAACGCUAUUUUGGUUAUAUUUUGUGGAUUUUUGGGAUAUUUUUAUACAAUGGCAGGCGAUGCACCAUUUAAAAUAAUUGGCUAUAUUCCACCUGGUUUACCAGAAUUCAAAGUGCCAAUAUUUAGCUACGAAACAGAGGGUGGUACUUUAAUGACCUUAUACGAUAUGUGUGCUCAACUAGGAUCUGGCAUUAUCGUAAUUCCCUUGGUGGCUUUAUUAGAAGAUAUUUCCGUUUGUAAAGCUUUUGCUAAUGGUAAAACAAUUGAUGCAACCCAGGAAUUAAUUGCUGUUGGAUUAUCCAAUCUUGGUAAUUCAUUUGUACAAGCAUUCCCUGGUUCUGGAUCAUUAUCACGUAGUGCAGUUAUUAAUUCCAGUGGUGUAAGAACACCAUUAAGUGGACUUUAUACAGGUUUAUUGGUAAUUGGUGCUUUAAUGUUUUUCACACCAUAUUUUUCCUACAUUCCAAAAGCUGCAUUAGCUGCAGUUAUUAUAGCUGCCGUUAUUUUCAUGGUUGAAGUAAAAGUUGUAAAACCAAUGUGGCGAACAAAAAAAAGUGAUUUAAUACCAGGAUUAGCUACAUUUAUAUCAUGUUUAAUAUUCCCAUUGGAAAUGGGAAUUUUGGUGGGAGUUGGUGUAAAUAUUAUAUUCAUUUUGUAUCAUGCAGCAAGACCAAAGAUUACUAUCGAAAAUUUAGUGAGUCGAGGGGGAGUCGAAUAUUUAAUGCUAACACCAGAUCGUUGUUUAAUAUUCCCAUCCGUGGAUUAUGUACGUCACUUAGUCAACAAACAUUCCAUUAAACAAGCUUGUCCUGUUGUAAUCGAUUGUUCUCAUAUUUAUGGUGCUGAUUAUACAGCAGCUAAAGUCAUUGAGUUAAUUACACAAGAUUUUGCUGUACGUGAUCAACCAUUAUUCUUCUAUAACUUAAAACCAAGUGUAAGUUCUGUAUUUGAAGGACUAUCGCCAAGUGACUUUAUUGUAUAUUAUUCCGAGGAUGAAUUAGAUGAAUUAUUGAAAAAUAAAUUUUUCAAAGCGAAAGACAUUUUUAAAGUUUAG